GCCCACUGCCCGGCCCGGACCCGCGCGCCCCGGAGCAUCUGCCGCUGGUCCUGCACCCAGGUCUGGGCGUCCCGCGCCCCGCCAUGACGGCGCACUCUUUCGCCCUCCCGGUCAUCAUCUUCACCACGUUCUGGGGCCUCAUCGGCAUCGCCGGGCCCUGGUUCGUGCCGAAAGGACCCAACCGCGGGGUGAUCAUCACCAUGCUGGUAGCCACUGCUGUCUGCUGUUACCUCUUCUGGCUCAUCGCCAUCCUGGCGCAGCUGAACCCCCUGUUUGGGCCGCAGCUGAAGAACGAGACCAUCUGGUACGUGCGCUUCCUGUGGGAGUGAGCGCUGCCACCUCAGCCCAGGUCCCCCAGCUCUCUGGAUGACCGCGGCACAACUGUCCCUGAAGACCCCUUUGUCUCCAUCCCCACAGCUGCAUCCUGGUGCCCCUGUGCUCCCUCCCCAGGGCCUGCCCGGUUCCUGCAGGCGCCUGCUUCCCCAGCGGGGCAGGCAGGAGCCGAGAGAUCCGCCCGGC